CGAAGGACUUUUCCCUCCCGACGCCCCCGAUCCUCUGCGCUUUGGCCAGGCCCAUUGGAGAUGCAUCGUCGUGUGCGGAUGUCCGGAACAGCGCGGCUGUAUCACAUCGUGAACCCCAACCACCCACAGCUGCGGCUGUGGGAGGGCCUCUCCAAGCAGCCGCAGGUGUACAAGCUCACCCACAGCAGCUCCCCUCCCUCCCAGCCCCUCCCCUCCUUCCCAUCUACUGUCGCUGCACCGGCCGCUCAGCGGCCUCCCACGGUCGGCUCAGUCGGCCCGUUGGUGCUGCCGCACGCCGCCAGGAAGGACGAGCGGUUCAUCCUGACGCCCGCCGUUGCCGAUGCGCUCAAUCAUGAGAGGGGGCGUGAGAGCCGGCCGGCUGCCGGUCCACCAGAAGGGGACGUCUCACCACCAUGUGCUGCUGACGAUGGCGGCGUGAGGGAGAAGGAGAGGGAUGAAGAGAGGGAUGGGGACGUGGGCGGCGUGGGUGAGGCGGUCAGUGGUGACGGAGAUGGUGGCUAUGAGUGUCGGUGGCAGCCCCAGCGUGCCUACAGGAGCCGCAAGUACAACAGGGCAUCCUACAAGAGCCGGAGGAGAUGGGCCGCCAUGAGGAGAUAAACGGCUAUGUAUGGUGCUGUUGAUUGGGAUCCAUCUCUGUCUCGUGCUGGGCUGUGCCAUCAGUGCGGUUGUGAAUGGCUUU